UCGGGGGCGGAGCGCGCACGUGACCGGUGGGCACCUGGCGCUGCGGGCUGCGGAGGAAUAUGGCGCUGUGGGCUUGUUCAGUUGUUCCCGCCCUCAGGCUUUGGGGCCUGGGAGGUGCGCGGCCCUGGACCCGCCGGCCUCGUAUUGCAGGUGGAGGAAGGCCCAUAUCUUUUUCUGCCGGUGCCUCAAGUGUCUCUGGAAGUGGAGGCCACAGUCCGAAGUUUCUCCUGCAGGACGUUGCCGAGCUGAUUAAAACCAGAGCCUGCCAGAGGGUGGUGGUCAUGGCGGGGGCCGGCAUCAGCACACCCAGCGGCGUCCCAGACUUCAGGUCUCCAGGGACCGGCUACUACAGCAACCUCCAGCAGUACAAGAUCCCCUACCCCGAGGCCAUUUUUGAGCUCUCAUUUUUCUUUCGCGAUCCCAAGCCGUUUUUCACUUUUGCCAAGGAGCUGUACCCUGGGAACUAUAGGCCUAAUGCCACUCACUACUUCCUGCGACUGCUGCACGACAAGGGGCUGCUUCUGCGGCUGUACACACAGAACAUCGACGGGCUGGAGAGAGGUGAGACCUCCGUCCCGUCUCACAUCGUCUCGCUCCUGCAGGGAAGGCUCAGGUGCCUGUUUCUAGCAUCUGGCAUCCCUGCCUCAAAGCUCGUUGAAGCUCACGGAUCCUUUGCCUCUGCCACCUGCACCGUGUGCCGAAGACCCUUCCCAGGAGAGGACUUUUGGGCCGACGUGAUGGUGGACAGGGUCCCACGCUGCCCGGUCUGCACUGGCGUCGUGAAGCCCGACAUCGUGUUCUUUGGGGAGAUGCUGCCCCACAGGUUCCUGCUGCAUCUGGCUGACUUCCCCAUGGCAGACCUGCUGCUCAUCCUUGGGACCUCUCUGGAGGUGGAACCUUUCGCCAGCUUGUCUGAGGCCGUGCGGAGCUCGGUGCCCCGACUGCUCAUCAACCGGGACUUGGUGGGGUCCUUGGCUAGGCAUCCUCGGGGCAGGGAUGUGGUCCAGCUGGGGGACGUGGUUCACGGUGUGAAGAGGCUGGUGGAGCUUCUGGGCUGGACGGAGGAGAUGCGGGACCUCAUCCAGCGGGAAACUGGAAAGAUUGAUGGUUGGGACAAAGGAGAGUGAGGGCUGCUCCUCACACCAGAAAUGGCUAUACGGGAGUCGCUGCCCAUUUCUGAUGAGCCCUCUGCCUGAAGAACAGCUCGGGCACGUUUACAAAUUUUGGCUGAACCAGAACAUGCGACCUGAGGCUGCCCCUGGAGUGUCUUCCCAGGUCAUAAGAGUCUGUGCACUCAGGGCCACCCCAGCCACAGAUGUGCAGGAGCUGCCUGGCCUUUUUGCCGAAGCUCUUAAUGCCACAAGCGUUCUUCUGAUGGUGAACCUCUUGAACUCAGACAAUCUGGAACCCCAGACUGGACUCCAUCUGAAGGCCAGGUUCAGCAUCUGUCCACUUGGGUCGAGCAGCCCCAGUCACACCCCAAGUGUGGGCCUGGGUCCCAGGUAAUGCACUAGGGUUUUCUAGCACGUUGGCCUCUUUAGUAGGUUUAUUUUGAGAGAUUGUCCUUCAUUU